CCCUGGCGGAGCGUCCUGUCACUGGCGGAAAAUGGCUGCUCGGUGUAGCUCUCCAAAGCUCGGACAAAAGUGAACCAAAGUCCGCUUAAAAGAGCACCGGACGCGUUUUGGACUUUACCCAACGGCCCCCGGGACACCCUCCGGGACGCGCGGACGCACAGACAUGUCUCGCUGGGUUCCAACCAAGAAGGAAAAAUAUGGUGUUGCAAUCUAUAACUACGAUGCCCGGGGAGAGGAGGAGCUGUCGCUGCAGAUUGGAGACACCGUGCACAUACUUGAAACAUACGAAGACUGGUACAGAGGGCAUCGGUUGAGACGUAAAUCCAAAAAGGGCAUAUUUCCUGCUUGUUACAUACACCUAAAGGAGGCCACCGUCGAGGGCAGUGGGCAAAAGGAGACGAUCAUUCCCACUGAGCUGCCCUUGGUUCAGGAGGUGACCACCACUCUGAGGGAGUGGGCUUCAAUAUGGAGGGACCUAUAUGUGGGAGACAAGCGUGAAAUGUUCAACACCGUCCGUGACAUGAUCUACGACCUGAUCGAAUGGCGUUCCCAGAUCCUGUCCGGAACGUUACCACAAGACGAACUCACCGAGCUCAAACAGAAAGUCACCUCCAAGAUCGACUACGGCAACAAGUAUCUGGAUCUGGACCUGGUGGUCAGGGACAAAGACGGGAACAUCCUGGACCCGGACCUCACCAGUACCAUCAGCCUGUUCAGAGCUCAUGAAGCCGCCUCCAAACAAAUUGAGGACAGAAUCCAAGAGGAGAAGUCUCAGAAGCAGAAUAUCGACCUGAACCGACAGGCCAAGUUCGCCUCCACGCCGGCGUUCGCCCUCUUUGUGACUUUGAAGAACGUUGUUUGUAAGAUCGGCGAGGAUGCAGAGGUGCUCAUGUCGCUUUACGAUCCUGUGGAAUCCAAGUUUAUCAGUGAAAACUAUCUGGUGAAAUGGUCGAGUUCAGGCCUGGCGAAGGACAUCGACCAGCUCCACAACCUGCGCGCCGUCUUUACGGACUUAGGCAGUGAAGAUCUGAAGAGAGAGAAGAUCAGCUUUGUGUGUCAGAUUGUCAGAGUCGGGCGCAUGGAGCUACGGGACAACAACACAAAGAAGCUGACGACAGGACUUAGAAGACCCUUUGGAGUGGCAGUAAUGGAUGUCACCGACAUCAUAACGGGCAAAAUGGACGAUGAAGACAAGCAGCACUUUAUCCCAUUUCAGCCGCUAGCGUUGGAUGACGCCAUUCGCCACAAGCAGCUGAACAUCUCCCGUUUUUCACCCAGGGUGGCGGGGGAGAGCGACUUCCUCCAGACAGUCAUCAACAAAGUUAUCACCGCCAAAGAGGUCAAUCACAAAGGCCAAGGCCUGUGGGUCACUCUGAAGCUACUUCCUGGAGAUAUCCAUCAGAUAAGGAAGGACUUCCCUCACUUGGUGGACAGAUCCACAGCCGUGGCUCGCAAGAUGGGGUUUCCUGAGAUCAUCAUGCCAGGUGACGUAAGAAACGACAUCUACGUGACCCUGGUUCAGGGAGACUUUGAUAAGGGGAGCAAGACCACACCCAAAAACGUCGAAGUGACCAUGUCGGUUUAUGACGAGGACGGCAAGAGACUGGAGAAUGUGAUCUUUCCCGGAGCUGGAGACGAUGGCAUCAAUGAGUACAAGUCUGUCAUCUACUAUCAAGUAAAGCAGCCUCGCUGGUUUGAGACAAUAAAGGUUGCCAUUCCUAUUGAAGAUGUGAAUCGGAGCCACUUACGGUUCACCUUUCGCCAUCGCUCAUCUCAGGACUCCAAAGACAAAUCAGAGAAGAUAUUUGCCUUGUCUUUUGUGAAGCUGAUGAGAUACGACGGCACAACUCUGAGGGACGGCGAACACGAUCUGAUUGUAUACAAGGCAGAAGCGAAGAAGCUGGAGGACUCGUCGCUGUCCUUGAACCUUCCUGCCACCAAGUUGGAGUUGGAGGAGAAGGGUUACGCCACCACCGGGAAGAGCACCCAGAGCCUGGGCAACUGCACCAUCAGCAAGGACUCCUUCCAGAUCUCCACCCUGGUCUGCUCCACCAAGCUCACCCAAAAUGUGGAUCUACUCGGCCUGCUGAAGUGGCGCUCCAACACCAGUCUGCUGCAACAGAACCUGCGGCAACUGAUGAAAGUAGAAGGUGGCGAAGUUGUCAAGUUCCUGCAAGACACUCUGGAUGCUCUGUUCAACAUCAUGAUGGAGAACUCCGACAGUGACACUUUUGAUACUUUGGUGUUUGACGCCUUGGUGUUCAUAAUUGGCCUGAUUGCAGAUAGAAAGUUCCAGCACUUUAACCCAGUCCUGGAGACCUACAUUCGGAAGCAUUUCAGCGCCACACUGGCAUAUACAAAGCUGACCAAGGUUCUGAAGAAUUACGUGGACAAUGCUGAGAAACUGACAGAACAGCUGCUGAAGGCCAUGAAGGCUCUGGAGUACAUCUUCAAGUUCAUCGUUCGCUCCAGGGUCCUCUUUAACCAGCUGUAUGAGAACAAAGGAGAGGCCGACUUCAUGGAGUCCUUAAGGAACCUUUUUACAUCUUUUAAUGACAUGAUGAACAGUAAUUCGGAGAACACUGGCAUGGUGAAGCUGCUCCUUAAGGGCGCUGCACUGAAGUACAUUCCCACCAUUGUCAAUGAUGUCAAGCUGGUGUUUGAUCCCAAGGAGCUGAGCAAGCUGUUCACAGAGUUCAUCCUGAAGGUCCCACUGGGUCGUCUGGUGAAACAGAAGCUCGACUGUCUGAUUGACAUCGUCCACAGCGAUCUCUUCACUCAUCAUGAUUGCCGCGAGAUCCUCCUGCCGCUCAUGACGGACCAGCUGAAGUUCCACCUGGAGAAGCGAGAGGAACUGAAGGCUUGCUGCCAGCUGCUCAGUGACAUCCUGGAGGUGCUCUACAGGAAAGAUGUGGGUCCGACUCAGUGGCAUGUGCAGAUUAUCAUGGAGAAACUCCUGAGGACGGUGAACAGGACAGUCAUAUCCAUGGGCCGAGACUCUCCUCACAUUGGAAGCUUCGUGGCCUGCAUGACAGCGACGCUGAGGCAGAUGGACGACUAUCAUUAUGCUCAUCUGAUCAGCACCUUUGGCAAGAUCAGGAGUGAUGUGGUGGAUUUCCUAAUGGAAACGUUUAUCAUGUUUAAAGAUCUCAUUGGGAAGAACGUCUACCCCUCGGACUGGGUCAUAAUGAACAUGAUGCAAAAUAAAGUCUUCCUGCGGGCCAUUAAUCAGUAUGCAGCGGUGUUGAGCAAGAAAUUUCUGGAUCAAACCAGCUUUGAGCUACAGCUGUGGAACAACUACUUCCACCUGGCUGUAGCCUUCCUUACCCAAGAGUCACUGCAGCUGGAGAACUUCUCCAGUGAUAAAAGAGCCAAGAUCUUCCAUAAGUACCAGGACAUGAGAAGACAAAUCGGCUUUGAAAUCAGGGAUAUGUGGUACAAUCUAGGGCCCCACAAGAUCAAAUUCAUCCCAGAAAUGGUGGGUCCCAUCCUGGAAAUGACACUGGUCCCUGAGAUCGAGCUGCGAAAGGCCACCAUCCCCAUCUUCUUCGACAUGAUGCAGUGCGAGUCCCACUCCACGUGCACCUUCCAGCGGUUCGAGAACGAGAUCAUCACCAAGCUGGAUCACGAGGUGGAGGGGGGCCGUGGAGAUGAGCAGUACAAAGUUCUCUUUCAGAAAAUCCUACUAGAGCACUGCAGGAAGCACAAGUACCUGUCCAAGACGGGCGAGAACUUUGUCACCCUGGUGGUACGUCUGCUGGAGAGGCUGCUGGACUACAGGACCAUCAUGCACGAUGAGAACAAGGAAAACCGCAUGAGCUGCACCGUCAACGUGCUGAACUUUUACAAAGAGAUAGACCGAGAAGAGAUGUACAUCAGGUACCUGUACAAGCUGUGCGACCUCCACAAAGAGUGCGACAACUACACUGAGGCGGCCUACACUCUGCUGCUGCACGCCAAACUGCUCAAGUGGUCGGACGAGCCGUGUGCAGCCCACCUGACCCAGAGGGACGGCUACCAGGCCACCACUCAGGGCCAGCUGAAGGACCAGCUCUACCAGCAGAUUAUCAAUUACUUCGACAAGGGCAAGAUGUGGGAGGAAGCUAUCAUUUUAGGAAAGGAACUGGCAGAACAGUACGAAAAUGAAAUGUUUGACUUUGAGCAGCUCAGCGCAUCCUUGAGGAAGCAGGCCCAGUUCUAUGAGAACAUAGUGAAGCUGAUCCGGCCCAAACCAGACUACUUCGCUGUGGGCUAUUACGGCAUGGGUUUCCCCUCCUUCCUCCGUAAUAAAAUGUUCAUCUACCGCGGGAAGGAGUACGAGCGCAGGGAGGACUUCGAAGCACGUCUGCUCACACAGUUUCCCAACGCGGAGAAGAUGAAGACGACCACACCGCCCAGCGAGGACACCAAGUGUUCACCAGGACAGUACAUCCAAUGUUUCACAGUGAAGCCCAUCCUCGACCUGCCUGCCAAGUUCCAAAACAAGUCUGUCUCUGAACAAAUAUUGAGCUUCUACACUGUCAAUGAAGUCCGUAAAUUCCAGUAUUCCAGACCUGUAAGGAAAGGAGAGAACGUGCCGGACAACGAGUUUGCGAACAUGUGGAUCGAGAGGACCACUUACACCACCGCGUACAAACUGCCCGGCAUCCUGCGCUGGUUUGAAGUCACGUCAGUCUCCACAGUAGAGAUCAGUCCACUUGAGAUCGCGAUGGAAACAAUGCAGUUGACCAAUGAGAAGAUAAGCAGUAUGGUGCAGAGGCAUCUCAGCGAUCCCAAUCUUCCCAUCAACCCCCUCUCCAUGCUGUUGAACGGGAUAGUGGAUCCAGCUGUGAUGGGAGGUUUUGCCAACUAUGAGAAGGCCUUCUUCAAUGACAAGUACAUGCAGGAGCACCCAGAGGACCUUGAGAAGAUCGCGAAACUGAAGGACCUCAUUGCCUGGCAGAUCCCACACCUGGCUGAAGGAGUGCGUAUCCACGGAGAGAAGGUCACCGAGGCGCUGAGGCCUUUCCAUGACCGACUGGAGGCCUGCUUCAAGCAACUCCGCGAGAAAGUGGAGAAACAGUACGGGGUCAAGACUCUGCCGGCAGCAGAUGAACGUCGUGGGUCUCGUCCUCACUCCAUGGUGCGCUCCUUCACAAUGCCCUCCUCCCAGCGGCCGCUAUCAGUGGCUUCAGUCACCUCCAUCUCCUCUGACAACUCCCCCUCCAGGCCCGGCUCAGAUGGGUUUGCUCUAGAGCCUCUCCUCCCAAAGAAGCUGCACACGAAGUCUCAGGACAAGCUGGACCGAGACGAACCGGAGAGAGAGCGUAAAGAGAAAAAGAAGGAGAAGAGAAACAGCAAGCACCAGGAGAUGUUUGACAAAGAGAUGAAGACCACGGAGAUCCCUCUGCAGCCCACUGAAGCUGUCAUACUGUCAGAGACGAUCAGCCCCUUGCGGCCACAGAGGCCGAGGAGUCAAGUUCUCAACCAGCUGGGCGGAGACCGUCGGCUCUCGGUGUCCCCCGGACCCCCGUCUGCAUCCUCCAACUCCACCUCCUCACCGGGACCCCCACCCAUCACCCCCAGGAACAAACCCUCCUUUAGCCUCCACGCCAUGUCCAGUCUGGAGCUGAACGGGAUGGGCGAAACCCCUCCUCCGCUGCCGGUGAAAGGCAGCACGGCUGAUUACGGCAACCUGUUCGAUAAUCAAGACUUGACGAGUCCCUCGACGCCCCCGCCGCCCCCACCACAUCAAAGGCACAUGCCCCCUCCGCUGCCUAGCAAGACCCCUCCGCCGCCACCUCCCAAGACCACAAGGAAACAGGCCUCCAUCGAUUCAGGAAUUGUACAGUGAACAAAGACGCUGACAGUCGGACCAAAACGACACUGACAACACAACAAAAACAACAUCAGCAGUUACCGCGGUUGCUUUUACCCACACAUUCCUCGCUCUCUGUCCCAGUUUGACAAGAUGAAUACCUCACCGCGGCCCGCCCCCUCUUAUCCUUGUCUGUUUUUAUUCUUUUCCUUUUUUUUUUUUUUUUUUUUUUUUUUUUUUUUUUUUAACUUUGCUUUCAGUUUGACGACGACGCAGUCUGCAGCAGGGAACAUGUCGCACAGAUGAGUAGUCACUGAAUUUGUAGAUGCUGUCAACAAGCGACGCCACGGCAAGACUUUAUUGGACAUGAGAUUGUGUUCAGACAGAUAAGCUUGGACCAACAGCUUUGCCAAACUGACCCACUCUCACGUAUACGAGAGCACAUAGCUCAUUAAAUACCACAUCGCCUUUAUUCAUAUUUCCACUAUGUACAGAGGUUUGUAUAUAUGAUUUUAUUUUAUUUCUUUUUUUUGUAUGUGGUUGGAUCAUGAUUCUUUUUGUAUUAACGUAUCUUUAGAUUACGUGGCAUUUAUAUCAAACAAAAAGGGCUUGUAGGUUUGGAAUUGACAGGGACUAUAUAGACUUGGUAUGUGAGAACCUAUCACUGAUUUUAUUGGCAGAACUGGUGUUUUGGAGUGCACAUACGACUAACUCCACCACUUUAUCAUUGUCUAGACGUCGUCCUUGAUUGCUGUAACCUUGGAUUUCAAUAACAUUUGACUGUUUCCAAUUCACUACUGACAUGACUUCUGAAUAAACUUUCCAAUGUAUGUAUUUUUAAAAAAUAAAUAAAUAAA